GUCUAACUUUGCGCCUGCGUUCUACAUCCAUGGACCAUUUUGGGAAAGUGUUACUAAAUAACGACAUAAAGUGGUGCUUUUUUGAGGAAAUCCUUAGAAAAAUCCGAUAAUGUCGUGUGGGGCAGAAUGUCUGUCCCUUGGUCCGCCACCAGACUCCAUCGUGCACAUGCCACCACCACCUUUACCAGCGUUUUUGGCCAAUAUUGCUAACUUGACACCGCCAUGCCGUGCGUCCAAGUGCCCCCCAUUUCAAAACCAUGAAGACAACGCAUUGUUUCCCGGAGUUGAAUACCACGAACUGCCUCGACACGAACCAGCUGGAAGCGACGACACGUGGUUCCUGGUUCUAAUUACCUGCUGUAUCGCUGUUCUCUGCAUCGCGGCAUUGCUGGCGUUGUUUUUGCUCAAAUGCCGAGAAGCUCGUGGUGGAUGCAAAUCUGGCACUGGUAAGGCAGGCGGCUCCAACGCCCUAUACGGGAGCGCAGCGCUUGACUCGCGCGUGCUCUGGGCGGCGCUCACCCCUCGCGGCACGAGACAUUUCGUCGCCGACACCUACCCGCACGACGAGACGGAGGACCAUCACUACGAAUGUGUCGAGCCACCUCUCUACAAACUCGGCCCACCCGAAGAUUUAACCAUUACAAGACACUUCAACGUCGAAUACGAGGAUCCUGCACCCUUAAUCGAAAGCUACUCCGAUAGAACAGAAGAGUACUUCAGGAAUGGAAUGGAGACCCUACGUCGGGGAAACCGCCCUCUAGUCUCCUCUCCGACCAGAAUCGAGAGACCUAAUCUUCCCCCGUUGAAUCUGCAACCGAGAACACUUAGACGUGCCCCUCAUUCCCGCCGAGUAAGCGAUGCGAACAAUUCGGAAAAAUCGGCCAUCUGAACCGAAAAUGGCGCGGUUUUUUCCGUCGCCGAUUCAACCGAUAUCGAUUACGAAUGGUCGAUAACCGAUUCCAAUGUGGACCGACUCGUUUGAGGACCAUUUGUAAAACAAAAAUACAACAAUUACAGAUAGAUCAGAUAAAAUACGAAGAUAUCAAAAAAAGAUUUUAAUAUUUGUGAUGACUGUUAAUGUGAUUUCCUAUUUAAGUUAUUUUUCUUUAUUUUAAGACAACAUGUUUUUUUUAUAUUAUAA